AUGGCCCAGCAAAGUAAUCCAGCUGUAGCCAAUUCACCCACCGACUUCCACAUCUUCGGCAGUGGAAUCUCGUUCAGCAUUUCACCAACAAUUCACAAUGCUGGCUUCAAACAUUAUGGCCUACCCUUCACCUACGAUAUCCGCGAAUCGCCAAGCAUCGAUGAAGUUGCAGGAUUGAUUCUCGACAAACAAUUCGGUGGCGGAAGUGUGACUAUGCCACACAAGUUACAUGUCCAUAAGUACUGCACCGGACAGACUGAUACAGCCCGAUUGAUUGGCGCAAUCAAUACACUUGUGAUCAAGGGCAGUGGUGAAAAUCGUACGAUCCUUGGCGACAACACCGAUUGGUCUGGACUACAUACCAUCAUUGCCAGUUACUCGACGAAAACAAAGCAACAGCCAAAUGCUGGACUGGUCAUUGGCGCCGGGGGUGCAUCCAGAGCUGCACUGUACGCAAUGUAUAAAGCUGGCAUCGAGCACAUCUACGUCACUAAUCGUACAGCGUCCGUGGCUGAGAAAGUGAAGAAAGAUUUUGCACCCGCGUUUGAUAUCACCAUCCUUCCAAACCUGCAAGAUCUACCUCGCAUGCCCGACGUCGUCAUUGGAACUGUUCCUGCACAUGUCACAACCGAAGAUCAAUUUGGCUCGAUCUUCGGGCUCAAGGGCCUUUGCAUUGAGAUGUCCUACAAGCCCAGGCAGACACCACUUUUGAACGUGGCACUAAGACACGAGGACUGGGAAUCCGUUACUGGAGUCGAAGUGCUUUUAGCUCAGGCAUACGACCAAUUCAAACUCUGGACUGGUCUUGAGCCCCCUAAAGACAAGAUGGUGGAGGCCGUUGCUGAGCAUGAGCGAGAGAAGGCACAGAAGGAAAAGGCCGGAAUGCUAUAG